AUGGCGACACGUAUUCUGCCUCUGCCUCGAAACCCUCACCUCAACCUCCUUGUCUACGAUAAUGGAGGAAAUCUCCUAGCCACGUUCUUAAUUCCGGAAAAUCCAACGGCAAGAUACCUCACGUCCGGGAUGCUUUACCGUUACUGUGCCUGGAUCUUCAAAUUUCCUCUGAACAGCAUAUGGGAGAUCUACCAUCUGGACCAGGAUGGAAUCACUCCCGGACCGAAGCUGCAUAGAGAUGAGCAUACCAAAGUCUCCCCCGGCAACUAUGUUGUCCUGAAUCCGAACCGGGGCAACGUUCUAGUUACUUUAACUGAUCAUCGCGCUCCACGUCGUGUCGUCACUGUAACUAAAAGCACCGAAACUGGAAGCGAUACACUGGUAAAGUCAAGUCAAAUUAACAAACCGGAUGAUAAGCAACGGAAAUUCCGCAAUGCAGUGAGAGAAAGAGACCCGGGGUGCACGUUUACGGGUGUCAAGGUGCGAACUGGGUCAGAAAAACCAUACCGCCACCUACAACCCGCCCAUAUAUUCCCUACGAAUCGUCUCAGUGAGUGGGAGCGUGGGAAUCAUCAGCGCUUCAUUCAAGACACCAGCCCUGCCUCUGAGACUGGUGCAACAAAGAUGUUCUCUCCUCAAAACGGACAUCUACUGCGGGCUGAUAUUCAUGGGGAUUUCGACGCGUUCAGCAUUGGUGUAGACCCAGACGACGACUACAAGAUCAUAUGCUUCGAGGUUGAUGGAUACGGGUUAGGGGGUCGACGCCUAGCCACCUCUGCAAGAUAUCCUUCGAGCCCGGCUCAACAUGCCAGCCCAGAUCUGCUACGGUGGCACCUCAUGCAGUGCGUUCACAAGAACGUGAAAGCCAACGCGGAGCCACAGGAGGUUUGGGAGGAUGACCUUGGAAGCAAUGACAUGGGAGAGAUUCUUGAGCAACCCGAUGCGGGGGAAAGGAUGGAGGUUGAGCUUUUCACGCGCCUGGGAGGCUUGGUGGCAUAG